AGAUCAGAGAAGCUCCUGAGGAGAGGAAAUUUGCAGGGGAGUUGGUUAGAGAGAGUUUACCAGGAAAGGGGACCCAGGAGAGGUGCUGCUGGGACGAGCAGGUCUUGAAAGGACUAGGAGGGACAAAGUCCUAGUUCCAGUGAAAGGAUCUUACCAGCUAGUGGCAAGGGAGCUAGUUGUUAGGGAGCUAUGUACUCCUCUAGGGGAAGAGCUGUAAUGGUUUGAUCUCUGUAGCAGGCCUGAAUCCAGAGAAAGAACCUUUUCCCAGUGGAUGGCAGGAGACCUGACUCCAGAAGAGGAUUCUGGGUUGAGGGGGCCUUAUUGCUGAAGAGCCUGGAUGGAAGGAAUCAGGCUGUGAAGGCAAUCAUCACAGACCUGUCCGAGUUUCCAUUGUAAGAAGGCUGAUCUCACAAGCUCCAGCAACAAUGACUCUGACUCAAGCUGAGAAAGCUGCAGUGGUUGCCAUUUGGGGAAAGAUAGCUGCCCAAAUUGAUGCCCUUGGGACCGAGUCGCUGGAGAGGCUUUUUUCAAGCUACCCCCAGACCAAGACCUAUUUCCCUCAUUUUGAUCUCAGCCAAGGUUCUGCUCAGCUUCAUGGCCAUGGCUCCAAGGUCCUGGGUGCUAUUGGUGAGGCUGUCAAGAACAUUGAUAACAUUACAGGUGCCUUGGCCACACUUAGCGAGCUGCAUGCCUACAUCCUCCGAGUCGAUCCAGUGAACUUCAAGCUGCUUUCCCAUUGCAUUCUGUGCUCUGUUGCUGCCCACUUUCCCAACGACUUCACCCCAGAAAUCCAUGCUGCAUGGGACAAGUUCCUGUCCCAGAUUUCUUCAGUGCUGACUGAGAAGUAUAGAUAAACUGUCUCCUUGGAGCAUGAGGCCAUGGCAGCCUGGAGUGGAGUUCCCACGCCUCAUCAUGCAUGCUUCAUGAAUCCCCUCACAUGGGUUUUGUCCUUAACAAAAAGUCAAUAAAUAUGCCAAUUAGCCAUCA